AUGGGUAGUCUAUCCAGAGAAGUUGACGAGUGGACCCAGGAGCCCAAUCUCCAUCCGGAGAGAAGACCGAUCCCUGUUUCUCAACGAGGAGUGGCCGCGCCAAGCAGCUCAGAGCAGUUCAAGGCCAAGUGCAGCAAGCAUAAGCCACAGGCCAGGCGAUGGCAUCCAUACAUCAGUGCAGAGUCGGCGAGUCGCACAGGAUCAACUCUCAAGAAGGCCGUGGAGCACCUCUCCAAUCCAAACGCCAUCUCACUGGGGGGUGGUAUUCCCCUGAGUGACUUUUUCCCGAUUGACGAAAUUGCCCUGAGACCAAGUUCACUCAUCAAUGCCGAGACGGGAGAAAAGAAGAAGACGACCUCCCAAACGACCCUGCAUGCUACUAAGCACGAUAUUGCCGAUGAUACCAGCGUCUACGAUCUCUCUGUCGCUUUGAAUUAUUCCCAAGGCUAUGGAUCGGCUCAGUUCAUGCGAUGGAUCAUAGAGCACACGGAAAUUGUGCACGAUCCACCUUACGCUGACUGGCAAUGCUCCAUGACAAUUGGCAACACCUCGGCGUUGGACAUAUGCUUGAGAAUGUUGACAGAGCCAGGUGACUGUAUUUUGGCAGACAAAUAUACAUUCUCAUCCGCCAUCGAGACCGUUCUUCCUCUGGGAGUCAAAUUCAUCGGAGUCGACAUGGAUCGCGAGGGCAUGCUUCCUGACAGUCUUGAUGAUAUACUUGAGACGUGGAAUCCUACCGAACACAACAACGCACGAAAGCCAUCAGUUUUAUAUGCAAUCCCAACUGGCCAAAACCCUACCGGCACCACUCAAAGCCUCCAACGCCGCAAGGCAAUCUACGCAGUGGCCCAGAAGCAUGAUUUGAUCAUUCUCGAGGAUGAUCCGUAUUACUUCCUACAGAUGGAUGAAUAUGACUCUACUAAACAGGAUGGCCCUACUCCCUCUGAGAUUCAGUCACCUGUCGAAUUCUUCAAGAGGCUUGUGCCUUCAUAUCUUCGCAUAGAUAUUGACGGACGAGUCAUGCGCAUGGAUUCUUUUAGCAAGGUUGUCAGCCCUGGGGCUCGUCUGGGCUGGAUUACUGCCCCCGAGCAGCUCAUUGAGCGAUACAAGACCCACAGCGAUGUUUCGACCCAGAGCCCUUCCGGUCUAAGCCAAUUGGUGCUUUUCAAACUCCUGGAUGAGCAUUGGGGGCACGAAGGCUUCACAAGGUGGUUGAUGCACUUGCGCAAACAGUACACCUUGAGAAGAGACUUCAUUCUGUCUGCUUGCGAGCGUUACCUACCCAGACAAGUUGUUAGCUGGGAGCCAACCAAUGCAGGCAUGUUUCAAUGGCUCAAGGUAGACUGGGAACAGCAUCCCAAUCGUAAAGACAAGACAGCCGACCUUGUUGAAAAGGAAAUCUGGCUGGAAAGCAUCUCAGCUGGAGCAUUGGUUAGCAGUGGCUCGUGGUUCCGUGCAUCGAAAGACGUGCCCGGUGACGAAGUAUUCUAUCGAACUACUUUUGCCGCAGCCCCGCAGCCCAAGAUUGAGGAAGCCAUCAAGCGCUUCGGUGAAGCAAUACGCAAGGUGUUUGAGCUCAAAGAGAAGAGUUGA